GAAAAAAAGAACGGCGUGUCAGAAUUCACCCCUGAAAACCUGGUGGCGUCCGUACUCGAUUUGUUUGCAGCUGGAACAGAAACAACCAGCACGACCAUCAGAUACGGGCUCCUGAUUCUCCAGAAAUACCCGGAGGUAGAAGAGAAAGUGCAUGAAGAGAUUGACCGCGUGGUCGGCCGAGGCAGGGCGCCAUGCAUAGCUGACCGUGGGCAGAUGCCUUACACGGAAGCUGUCAUCCACGAAAUCCAGAGGUUCAUCUCUCUCGUCCCACUGAGUGCCCCCCACUUAGUCGUCAAAGACACCCCCUUCCGACAAUACAUCAUCCCAAAGGGCACCAUCAUCUUCCCUGUCCUGACCUCUGCUCUGUAUGACAGCAAAGAGUUUCCAAACCCCACAGAAUUUGACCCACAGCAUUUCUUGAACAAAGACGGGACCUUCAGGAAGAGUGACUACUUCAUGCCCUUCUCGGCAGGUAAACGAAUCUGCGCAGGGGAGGGCCUUGCCCGCAUGGAGCUGUUCCUCUUCUUGGCUACCAUCCUGCAGCACUUCAAACUGAAGCCCCUCCAGGAUCCCAAGGACAUUGACCUCACCCCUUUCCUGAGCGGCGUCGGCAACCUCCCUCGGCCUUAUCAGCUCUGCGUUCUCCCUCGUUGAGGAGAAGGAGGCCUCUGGCCCACCGGAAACCAUCUGGCAGUUGACCCGUUCAGACCUUGGGACUGAGCCUGUCUAUACUUUCCAGCCUACCUUGUCUGGGCAGCAAAACUGUAAACCCCUGAGAGCCCUUUGCUUAGAAGCAGAGAAUCUAUUUUCCUAGAAGGAGGGCCUGGAACUCAGAACAUGCAGCAACCUGCUUGAAUUUGUUUUCCUCAAAUGGCCUAUAUUUGUUCCUUCUUUCUUGUUCACCACAAGAUGUGCUUUUCACUGCUAUAAGCUUUUGUGUUUUUGGACUGAGAUAAGAUUGAACUUCAUGUCCGUAACCUUUCUAGCUAAAAACGUAUAAUUGAUAUAUAUUUGUCUGACUUAUAAGUAUUUACCUGAAACCUCGAGGCAAAAUCCGGAGCUGGAGUCCCGAAGGCAGCUCUUGUCGUUCUGCCAACUCCUGCGACGUU